GAAUUCACUUUAAUCAAAUGUACAGUACUAUACAGCUUAGUAUAAUAUGGAAAUAGAAUCCCAGAAAUUUUCGUAUCCUUUAUACAUGGUCCCUUGUUUUACCCCAAAACACCAUGAUUGCAAUCAUGCUCAUUUAUUUCAAUUCCAAUCCCAAUCCCAAUAAUCGCCUCUUUCUCCAUAUAUUCCCGCACUUGUUAACGAACAUUCCAUUUCUCUGAAUUCCAAGUUCCUCACUCAAAACACACUCCAUAAUAUGGCAGAAGCAGCCGAUACCAAAAAGAUCAUCGACCCCCGGGUAGAAAUCGACACAUCUCCGCCGUUCGAGUCUGUCAAGGAGGCGGUCGACCACUUCGGCGGCAGCGGCCCUUGGAUUCCUCCUCACUUAGCUGAUCUCCCCAGUCACAAUACCGAGGGGUUCGAUGCGGAGAAGAUCGAGGAACAAGCGGUGCAACUGGAGAGAGAUCUUAUAAUGAAAGCGCAGCAAACACUGAGCGUCUUGAACGAGCUCGAGGCAGCAAAGAGAUUCGUCCAAGACCUCAAACUCAAUCUCAUCCCGGACCUCCCGUCCUUCAUCGACGAGAACCCGGCGUGGCCCUCGCCCGGGCUCAUGUUCCGCGAGCUCAACCGAGCGAAGCUGAACCUGAGCAAAACGUCGGUUGAUCUCGCGGCAAUUGAAGCCUCUGUCGAGUCCCUCAACAAGAAUCUAAGAAAAGAUCAAAUUUUGCUUCACAGGGCAAACAUGGUGCAAAUGCAAGAGCAAUCGAACCGCGAGCAGGGGAUCACGUUCGAGGCAGAGCAGUUCAAGAAGAUGACGGAGGCCUCAAGGUACGAGGUGAUGGAGGCGAUGGCGGAGAUAGAGCGCACUAAGGAUUGCAUCCGGAUGGCCGAGAUGAGGCUCAACGCCGCCAAGAAGAUGGAGGACGCGGCCAAGGCGGUAGAGGCCAUCGCCCGAGCCCGAGCCAACCACUGCCAGGGGAUCACGCUCUCCUUCGAGGAAUACAAAGCCCUGUCUCAGAAGGCCAAGCGUGCCGAUCAGCUCUGCACCACCAAAUUCAUUGACCUUCAAGGGGCUCCCCCCGUUGUCGAGAAAUCCGAGGAUGAGAGCAAAUCCUCGGAGUUCUCGCAUGACACCAAUGUGGUGAUAGAGGAUAGCUUCUCGAGGACACGUGUGCAGCGUGGCUUUGCCAAGUUCAAGCUGAGGAGCUCGCGCGGGGGAGGGGAGAGGAAUCAGAAAAAGGAGAUGAGGUCGAUGGCGGACGUGCUGAGUAGCGGGAAGUGGGUGGAAGAAGACCAAGUGAUGAGGGAGAGGCAUCAUGUGUCGUUGAGCCAGAUGCUGAGGGAACAGAGCAAGCUUAUUCUGCAUCCGAGUAAGAGUGGUGAUGGAGGACAAGGGAGUGUGCAUAAGCAAUACUUCAUUCAGAGGAAGAAAUUUGGGUUUAUUCAAGUGCCAAUUCCUACCAAGAAAAAGACUUCGCCAUCUUAGUGCCUCGUAUUGUUUGGAACCAUUUUUUUCUAUUACUAUGUUGGGUGCUUCUUGGGAUUUUUCUGUGUGACAUAUCUAGUAGUAGUAUAUCAUUCUACUUGUGCUCGAGUUAUUUGCAAUCUCAGUUUCUUGGUCAAAAUA